AUGGGAAGACCACACAACUGUGUUGAAGAGAUCACCAAGCAACCCAAUUGUUCUGAUGUUCAGAGUUCUUUAAAUCAGGAGAUUUUACAGCUUCAAAAACAAUUGCAGGAUCAACUUGUGGCUCGUCAUGCUUUAGAGAAGGCGUUGAGUUAUCAGCAACUAUCAUAUGAUGCUACGAUUGAAGACUCACUCCCAAAGUCUGCUAAGGACCUUAUAAAGGACAUUACAGUGUUAGAACUAGAAGUAGUCCUAUUGGAGCGCUAUCUUCUAUCCUUGUACCGGAAAACAUUUGAUCAAUUCAUACCACCUGAAGUGACUAUGGCCGAAAGAUCGUCUUCAGUCACACAUCAAGGAAUUUACAAAGAAGGUUCUGGACAAGAAAGUAGCAAAACAAUCACCUACUCCGAUGAUCUUACGUUGCCUCGGAGUUCAUCUGGCAAACAAUUCAAGGAAUGCAACGAUAUAUGGGAACCAGAAAAGUUGUUAGAUUCAAGCAUUCAUCGUUGCUAUUCCUCACUGUCUCAGCGUUCAACUUGUUCACCACGAACUUCUCCUCGAAUUAAAUCUCAAACUAAAGCUGUAGAUUCAUACCACUCGUUACCUUUCUCGAUGCUAGAGCAAGCGCAAUUCGCAACUUCAAAAGUAAAUGCAGAAGAACAACUUGGAACUUAUUUCUCUAAUCAUGUUCCAGAAACACCAAACUGUCUUUCUGAAGAAAUGAUCAAAUGCAUUUCAGCAAUAUAUUGUGAACUUGCAGACCCGUCUAUUAUCAAUGAUGGUUACUCUUGCUCUCCAAUUACAUUCUCGGCGCCACUGCAUGACUUUUCUUCACAGAGUGAAAGUGAAAAGUGGAGUUCCCGGCGUACGAAAAUUCCUUUUUUCAAUUCACAGUUUGACAAGCCUAGCCACAUUGAAGGAUCAGGAGAAAUGAGUGGACCUUACUGUAGAAUGCUGAAGGUACAAUGGAUCACUGGGGAUACAGAGAAGUUAAGAGAUGUUGAACACACACUAAAGAAAUUUAGCUCACUUGUUUAUCAGUUGGAAGGAGUGGAUCUCAGAAAGAUGAAACAUGAAGAGAAGUUGGCCUUUUGGAUUAACGUGCACAAUGCACUUGUUAUGCAUACAUUUUUAACAUUUGGGAUUCCACAGAAUCAUUCAAAAAGAGUUUCAUUGCCACUCAAGUCUGCAUAUAAUGUGGGAGGUCACACCAUAAGUGUAGAUAUGAUACAGAGGUCCAUUUUGGGGUGCAGAUUACCUCGUCCUGGACAAUGGCUGCGGCUGUUAUUUACCAUGAAAACUAAGUUCAAGGCUGGAGAUGCACGCAAAUCGUAUGCAAUUGAGCAUACCGAACCUCUCUUGCAUUUUGCACUCUGCUCAGGAAGUUAUUCCGAUCCCGCGGUACGUAUAUACACAUCAAAGAGAGUAUAUGAGGAGCUGGAAACUGCAAAAGAGGAGUACAUCCAAUCAACCUUCCUUCUGCACAAGGAACAGAAAAUCCUUCUUCCAAAGAUUGUGGAGUCAUUUGCAAAGGACUCGGGCUUAAGCUCUGCCGGUUUGGUGGAGAUGAUUGAGCAUUUACUGCCCAACUCUGAAAGCAAAAGCAAUCACCAGUGCCAACAGAGAAGAAUGUGGAAGGCAAUUGAUUGGAUUCCUCACAACUUUACCUUCCGUUAUCUUAUUCCAAAAGAAGUAGCUUGGUGA